GCUAAGAGAUAUUUAGACGAUAGUGAGUGUGAACUGAACAGUGAGUUGUUUUUGUCGUGUAUUCAAGUUUUAAAAACAAUGGGAGUUGUGUGUCAGAUAUUAAUCACCAGGACUGAAGAUGGUGUCUUCAAACCAGGAGAUCCAGUGACAGGAACAAUAAAAUAUUUCAUAGACGAACCAACGAAGUACGAAGGAAUAUCCAUGAACUUUCUUGGCAAAGGAAAUUGUUGGUGGACAAAGACAGAGGAAGGUGCAACGCCCUUUGGGAAUAGUGAAACUUAUAUGAAUCAAUCAAUUUGUUUCUACACAGGAAAGAGUGGAGAAGAACUGGCAGGAGGAUAUGAGUACCCAUUUCAAUUCUUACUACCAGUUAACAUACCAUCCUCGUACAAAGAUGGAAACUGCGUGAUAGACUAUAAAAUUAUUGUAACGUUUGUAAAGGCAACGAAACGAGAACAAUUUGAGGCAGAGAUACCAGUCCAAGCCUAUGUGACCACAACAGUACAGGAGCCCAUGUUAUUUGGUUUACAGAAAAAACUGUUUUCUGUCUUUGCUGGCAAUAAGAUUGCCCUAAGAGGAGAAUUAGAAAAUGUAGCAGUAACGCCUGGUGCAAAUAUCAAUUUAACCCUUAAAGUACACAACGAAUCAAAUAGUGAAAUAUUUAUAAGAACUGAAUUAAUUAAACAUUUUACAUUAAUGUCGAAUCAUGGGGAAACUAAUACUAACGUUGUUUUAGUACCAAAUACAACCACAGGGAGUAAUAUAGAGAAAAAUACGGAACAGAGUGUAAAAUGUGUUGUGCCUACGUAUUCAAAUUUGUUUUCUAUACAAAAUAGUAAUAUUAUUAAAGGAGAAUAUAAAGUGAGAGUGAUAAUUGAAAUGCCUUUUCCUUAUAAAGAUGCAACAGUGGAUGUACCCGUGGUUAUUGGAAAAGUAAUGAGUGAAGUAGCUGCACCAGAUGCAAUGAACAAUGAACAUUGUGAUGAAGCGAAAUAGAAUAGAAUUUUAUUUAUUGUGAGUUGGGCAGUUGGAAACUUAUCCACUGAUAUUGUUGUUUGAAUGUUAAAGACGCAGUAGAUAAUUACGAUAUGCAAAUAAAGGAAAGAAAUGAUGAAUAUAAUAAAAGUCUGAUGUAA